AUGACCAACAACAAAAUCUUGUUUAUCCUUGGCGCAGGUCCUAAUGUUGCCACUGCAACUGCCAAGCACUUUGCUGCGCAAGGCUACCAAGUCGCUCUCGUCAGCCGCGGUACCUCCACCUCUUUCGACCCUUCCUACUUUUACAUCCAGGGCGAUCUUUCCAGCCCUGAGAAAAUCCCCGAGUGGUUUGCUCAAGUUAAGAAGAAGUACGGAGGUGCUCCAAAUGUGGUGAUCCACAAUGCGUACCACGUGUUUCCCGCGCAGCCAAGUAAUCCCCUGUCGCUCAGUCUUGGUCAGCUGAACUAUGACCUGGCCGUGAACUUCACUUCCGCCUACCUCACCGCACAGGAAGCUAUUAAAGGUUUUGAGACGCUCCCCGCUGAAGUCCCCAAGUCAUUCAUCUAUACUGCAAAUGGAUUGAACAUGAUGCCUAUGCCUCGUCUGGUCAGCCUCGGGCUUGGCAAGACUGCUUUGGGCCAUGUCAUUGAGAAUGCUACCCUCGCUUUCGCAGGCAAAGGAUAUACUUUCUACUAUGGCGAUGAACGCCUUGCCAAUGGCGAUUUUGCUAGUGGUGCUAUCAGCGGCGUUGCUCAUGCGGAGCGGUACUGGGAGCUUAGCCAGGAUCGUAAGCAGAGACCUUGGAUGGAUACAUUUGUCGCUGGUCAAGGGUACAAGGAGUUCCCCAAGGUUUAA